AUGAGUAAGGAAAAGGGAUUAACAGAGUCGGACAGAGGAGAAGCCUUUGCGGCACUAUCUCACGAUGACAGACCCACAACUUUCAAAGAUACACUUAAGGAUAUGGCUGAGUCCAGCUCAUUACAUGGAAUAACAAAGAUUGUGUCAUCUCGCCAGAUUAUUGUGAAAGUGUUAUGGAGUUUACUGGUUCUAGCGGCUUUUUCUGUGUUCUCUAUCCAGUUGUACUAUCUUUUCAAUACAUACUAUUCCUACCCAGUACAGACGUCCGUAAAACUAGAUUUUGACUCAAUAGCUUUUCCUGCUAUAACUCUAUGUAACAUGAACCCCGUUAGAAAAUCCAAGCUCGAUAAUUCGGAAGAACUGACGGAAGUGUUGAAAUCAAAGGAUAAUCAACAGAGUGUCUAUUAUGGUAAAAAACGAAGGAAAAGGCGAAAGCGAGAAACUCAUAGAGAAAACGAACCUUUUGAAGCAUUCAUGGAAACAAAGUCAGAAUACGAAGGAGAGAUAAACAAUGAAAAUGAUUUUAACACGGCAGACUCAGUAAGUCAAUCAUCAAACGAUAUCAACAUGAAAGUUCAAUCAUUAGAUAGUGGUAACAGUAAAUCCACUUCAUUAAAUUACAAUGAUACUAGCAAGGACUUUAAUUCAGAAAAGAGAUUAAUACAUGAAAAUAAUCAUAAAACAUUUAAUAUCGAUCGCAAACAAGAGUCGGAACAAAAUCAAAAACAUUCAAGUCAGAAAGUAAAACCAACAGCUUCAAGAAGAAAUGAAAACUUAGUUCAAGUUUUUGCGAAUGAUGUGGUUAACUCUGAUCAUCAAAUAUCUGGUGGAUUAAAUGACAAAGUUGGACGUUUCAAAAGAGAUGCCGGCUACUCAUCAGCUGAUGUAGUACCAUCUUCAUCAAUACUGAACACUUAUCUUGUUGAUUCAUCCCGUUAUAUACAAACCACGAUGUCGUCCAUGACAGCUAUGCCUGCAUCCCUCCUUUCUUCUAAAGAUAGUAAAAUUUCCACUUCCCUUAUGACGGCUUCUACUGAGAUAUAUUUGGAGUCAAGCCAAUUAAGCCAAGAUAUUUUUUCGUCGGAAAAAAGUAAUUACAAACACUUUUCCUUAUCAACUGAAGACUUAUAUGAUUUCCUUUCAAGUGAAAAUCCCAUGUCAUCAAACUAUGCGAUGCAUUCAAAUAUAAUUGAUAGUAGUUCGGGAAACGCUGCCGGUACCCAGACAGGUAGUGGAGGUUCUGACCAGGGUAAUGGCGGUGUAGACUCGGGAAGUGGAGGCAGUUACUCGGGUGGUGGAGGUAGUUACUCGGGUGGUGGAGGUAGCUACUCGGGUGGUUCAGAUUCCUACACGGGCUCGUACUAUUAUUCGGAUUAUAGUAGUGGUGGUUCAUCAGCAUAUUAUUAUGACUGGAGUGGAAGUUACUAUUAUCCCUACUUUGAACAACUGAAUGCAGUUAAAGAUGAGUGGGAAGAAAGGGUUGAGAAUUUUAAAGAGCUUAUUAAAAAUGAAAGCGUGGAACUAAGGAAGGAAAUUGGUCACCAGAAGGAAGAUAUGAUGUUAUCGGCAACAUUUGCUGGAAGAGUUCAAAAUGUGUCCCAUUUUAAAGAUUUCAUGUCCGUUGAAUAUGGCAAUUGUUACACUAUUGAAUCCUCGAAUUAUGUUGCCUGGCGGAGCGGACCUACCCAUGCACUUAAGUUGACUUUGAAUGUUGAAAUCGAUGAAUACGUUGAUAAUUUUUCGACUGGAUACGGAAUUCGGAUAGUAUUUCAUGAGCCGGGUACAUAUCCUUUACCUUCACACGAGGGAAUCACACUUAGCCCUGGAACUGAAACCAAUAUCGGUCUGCGAAGGGUUCACAUUUCAAGGCUCGGCAAACCACACGGAAAUUGCAUAGACGGGAAAGAAUUUAAAUCCAGAUAUAACAAGAAGUACAGUAUAUCGGCCUGCUACGAAUUUUGUCGUAUUUUAGAAGCAAUCAAAGAGUGUGACUGUAUCCCUGCUGAGGCCCCCGAUGAAGUUCACCUAAACUCCACUGCGCUACCAGUAUGUAAUACCACAGAUGAAACAGUGGAAAAAUGUCUUCUCUCAGUGGAUAUAAUAUUCGAUAGUGGUGAAGUUGCUUGUCAUUGUAAUGGACCAUGCCAGGAAACUGUCUACGCUAAAACGUUAUCAUCUACUUUCUGGCCAAAUAACGAUUAUCUGGACAUAUUGAUAUCAGAUAUAUGUAAAACGAAGAACACAACACAUUUCUGGAGUUACGCAUGCUCUAGCUUGAGUUAUUUGCAAAACUAUGAGCUAGACUACUAUAGAAACAACUUUCUGAGGGUUCUGAUUUAUUAUGAAGAUUUGAAUUAUGAGACAAUCACAGAAGAGCCUAUGUAUGAAAGUGUUCGUUUUCUAUCUGACAUAGGAGGUGCAAUGGGACUGUUCCUAGGGGCAUCUGUUUUGAGUUUUGUUGAAUUUGUUCAGUUAAUUCUUGAGGUGUUUCUCUUUUUGAAACAUAAGAAUGAGAGACACACUCGAGUGGUCGACUUCAAAAAACCAAUUGACUGACCAAUCUAAUGAAGACAUCGUUAACUAAGAGAAAGAAGCAAACUCAGUUAACAGAUGAACAUUUAUUUUAUUGCUUUCUCAAUGUAUGAACUCCUUCGUCAUAAAAAUUUAAGUUCACGAAAGAUAAAGUUUAUUGUUUAAAUGGAAGUGUUGCAUGAGUGUGUUAUUUUAAUUGGCUGUUUUGCUUUGUAACGCCACAAAACAGCGCCGCCGCAUAGACUUGGUCGAUUUCAUGAAUGCGAUGAUUUUCAACACAUAAAUAGCGCAAUCAUGAUAAUGAUAGUGAUGAUUGUAGUGAUGAAGAUGGUAAUUUGAUGGAAGUGGUGAUGUUAUGACUGUUGUUAUUGUGAAGAUGGUGUUGAUCAUAAUGAGAAGGCCACAGCAUAUUUUCCAUUUUCGACAUUUUAAUAUUUAUUCGCCAGAACCGGUCUGUCUGCCACAUAUACGGUUUCUGUUUAUGAGUUGUAAAUCAUAGCAUAAACGAACUCGACCACGUUGAUGUAGCUGCGCUGUUAUGUGGCGUAACAUCGCUCAGACUUUUAUUAUAUUUGUUGAUUCAUUUCAUUGGACUCCUUAUCAUUGUAAUUAUGUUGAUCAUUUUGUUUAAGAAGUCAUUGUGUUGGGAUCCAAUGUGAGCAGCAUUAUCACAAUAUUUCAAUUCGACAUAAUCGUAGUUAGAAAAUGGCAAAUUCGGUAUAUAAUUUAGCCUUUUCUUUAUAAAAUCUAUCUUAUUACGAAGCCAGCCAUAUCGUUAGUUUGAAUUACAACUUUAGUCACCUGUCACCUAGUCACCAUUUUUUCUAACAUCAGUUUCUGUUACAAAUGCGAUUUAGCUCAUUACAAUGAUUUUUUAUGUUUUUAAACAAACAUACAAACCAAUAAGAUAUAGUGAUUUAAUGGUUUCAUCUGAAAUAGUUCAAAUAAAAGAAAUAUUAUUAUAAUCCCCGAUUUUUUAUCACAUCUUUUUAUGUUCUUUUCUUUUGUUGUUUUAUAUACAUGAUAUUAUAUUCUUUACCAGCAACAUAAGCCCCUUUUGUAUUGAUAUG